UGACAACCUGAUAGUUUCGCCUCAAGUUUAUGACAUCUAUCUUUUCGAGAGAAACUUGAUAGAUCAAGAGAAGAUCUUUGUCAGAUCUAUAUCAGACUCUUCCAUCCCUGCUAUGAGCGAACGCAAAUUGCCUCCGGGGGGCAUCAACAUCUUGACAACGCACCUCUACUUGAGCGGGAUGUUCAUAGAACUUGUACAGAUAGAUUCAUGUUCGUCUCUCUCAUUCUUUGGCAAGAAGUUUGAAAUCAGAUUCAAACUUCUCGAUGAAGACGUCAGCACGUCCUUUGAUCUGAGCGAAGAAUCAGAUGGUUUGCACGAAAACGCGAGGAGGCUUGACGAAGUCAGGAUGUCGUGGUUCUUUGCAGCAGACGAAGGCGUCAAUGAGUACCUCGCGAAGAGGUCCAAGCUUGUGUUCGAUUUCUACUGUGAUGACGAAUGUGUAGCCUUUGCAACUUGCUCUCUGAAAGACCUUGCAUCUCGAGCCGUCUUGCAUCAAAAUUUUCAAAUUCAUGUGGAGCCCUUGCACAAGAACCUGGCUUCAACUCUAGCGUUGCAGUUCGUCGUGCUGCAUGUCAACGUGGGGUGUGUCAAGUUCCGGGAAGUGGAGGUGAAGGACUUUCACUUGAGAAGAAGGAAUGGACUCUUCUUCCCAUCUUCUCCUUACAUAACGCAAAAGCUCCCUCCUGAAGGUUGGGACCCUUGCAAUGAGGAAUACUUCUACUCUUUGAUGCAUCGCAAGGAGGACUUUGAAGAUGAAGCCUUUCUGUGUCCCAAUGGAGUGCUAAUGUCGCGCACGGGCCCUCGUGACAACCGGAUGUUGCUGACGUCAGCUUCUCGCAUCCCAAGGAAGAAUCCCUCGAGGCAGAUCAAGUCAGCUGAACCUUGGAGGCGUCAUCCCCUCCCUACAACUCGCCCUUGGAGUGCUCCGCUUCGCAUACCUAGAAACAAUGCGACAAGAACGCCACCAAGUUUGAAGUCACAUGAUGGAAAAGCUUCUAGAAAAAAGCAUCUCGAGCGAUCCAGUGAAGUUCGGGACCAUGCACCGAAGCCGAGGCGUCCGGUCAGUUCGAUGGAGAUGAGAAGCAGAUCAGACGACUAUGCGCAUGAGCGUGAAGACGCGAGGAGAGGGCGGCCCAAAUCCUCGAUCGGCUUCUCACGGGCAGAGCAGCCCGGGAAACAUGCCAAGAGCUCGCGAAUGUCGAUGAUUAGAGAGUUACAGUCGGAGAUGGACGCCAUCGAUCGUGACCUUGGCUCCACCGUCCAUCGCCCUCACAGUGCGUUUUCAACCCUUCCGCCUAGGAAGCCGCACGAUGAGAUCGACUCUUCGUCGGCCUUGACUCUGCUCACAAGACCCAAGAGCGCUCUCGAGGCUGUUGGCUCGAGAAGUCUCCGGGACUUCGACAAGGACACGCUCUUGACAGCUCUCAACAAGACCUCCAAGCUCUCCCAGAUAGCAACCCGCAAGAACAAGGCGUCUGAAGACCUGUUCUCUGCCAUUGAAGCUGCCCAUGACAUGUGGAGGAACACACUGACCAAACUGGACUAUCUGGAUGAGGACUUGGAGCAUCUUGAUGUACGCACCAAAAUCGUUUCAACCAACGACUAGAUCAACGUAUCUCUAUUCUUUCUUACAUAAACGGUUUUCCACAG